ACACAAAAGAGGCAAGAAGCAUCAUAGCAAAAGUAUAGGAAUAGGCAUAGGUAAGAGAAAAGUCGAAAUUGGUAAGAAAGUGUAAUGGAAAUAUUCGAAAGCUGCUGUCGGACCUGCGGCAGCGAGUGCCUGGAGGCCCAUAAUAUCUUCGAGGAGGAGGUCACUGUACGUGACAAGAAAGUGACGCUACUGGAAAUCCUUACGGCCUGUUUACCGGCGUCGCUGUCAUCUUUAGAGGAGGACGAUGACUAUCCCAAGCAGAUCUGUCGCAUUUGCAUAAAGAAAGUGAUCCUCGCCUACGAGUUUCACAAUACCUGGAUUACCGCCCACGCAGAAUUCAAUGUGGCAUUGAAAUUCGAGCAGAGACGAAAACGCAGUCUGGCCACCAAGACGCAGGCGAAAGCCAAGAUAGAAUACACGCUGUACCCCAGUGGCGAGACGAUCGAGGACGCCCAUCGGACUGAUGAUACUCCCACGAACACGGUGAUCUUCAAAAUAGAGCCUGGAAACGCAUCUUCCCAAGAUGUGGCGUAUGAAUUGCCAACAGAGCCAGUGCCGUCGACAGAGGAUGGGGCGAACUUCAAGUGCGGGAUGUGCGAAGAGCGAUUCCACACGACGAAGGCCUGCAGAUUCCAUUGCAGGUUCGUGCAUGGAGUCCAGUAAUGCCCACAAUCCAACGCCUUUCCAUUGUGUGUACGUUUAAAUGUUUUGUUUUACUUAGCUAUAGCAUAAAGCAACAAAAAAAAGAAAUGGUGCAAUGAGAAUGACAUUUUUGCUAGUU